CGGCCAUCGAACAGCCCAGAAAAAGAUGGUCCCACGAAUUUACUUUCUUUUUCUCAGCGCCUGUUUCCAGCCAGCCUCCGCGUACCCUCGCCUCCGCGCUUCCUCUCCUUUCCUUCAUCCGCCCUCGACUGGCAUCCACCAUGUUCUCCAUCUCUGGCCUGCUCAAGGUCUCUGCCAUUGUCUCGGCAUUUCUGACCAGCGCGAACGCCAUCAGCAAUGUUACCAGGUCUGGGAGAUACCUCUACAACUCGGAUGGCAGCAGGUUUUACAUCAAGGGUGUUGCCUACCAGGAGCAGGGUGCUGUUGACGAGAACUCGGCUUUUCUUGAACCUUCGAGCUUUAUUGAUCCCCUCAGCAGCGGAACGAACUGCACGCGGGAUCUGCCCUUCCUUCAACAGCUCGGCGUGAACACUAUUCGAGUGUAUAGCGUCAACUCUUCUUUGGACCACGACGACUGCAUGUCCACGUUCAGCAGCGCCGGGAUAUACACCAUCAUCGACUUGUCCCUUCCUCUCACCGGUUCUAUCUCUCGCACUUCUCCUGCAUGGACGACCGACCUUCUCGAUGAGUACAUCGAGACCAUAAACACCUUCUCAAAGUACGACAACGUCCUCGCCUACAACGUGGGUAAUGAGGUCGUGUCCGGCUUGAAUGAGUCUGCCGCGAUCACAUUUGUGAAAGCCGCAGCUCGCGAUGUGAAGGCUUACUUGUCAUCGAAAUCCCUGUCGACGCUCGUUGGUUAUGCCGCUAUCGACGGUUCAGACGAUUUCAUUGGACCUAUCUCGAACUAUCUCUCCUGUGAUCCCUCCAACUCCAACUCUGGAAGCACUGCUAUCGAUAUUUUCGGUCUCAACAACUACCGGUGGUGUGGAGAUUCGAGCUUUGACUCAGCAUACUCGGGUGUCGAAGCCCUUUUCUCUGGCUACAAUGUUGUGGCUUACUUCUCCGAAUUCGGGUGCAAUGAUCCCUCGCCUCGUGUCUGGACCGAAGUUGGUUCCCUCUUCAGCAGUCAGAUGUCCGAUGUUUGGUCUGGCGGCCUCGCAUUCUCUUACUUCCCCGCUGAGAGUGCACAGGGCCAGUUUGGUAUGGUUACGAUCAAUAGUGACAACUCUGUCACCACGAGCACUGAUUUCGACAACCUCAAGACCCAACUCGGUCAAGUCUCGCCUCCGAACAGUCCCUCUUCCGGCAGCUCGUCUUCCUCGUUCCCUUCCUGCCCAGCAGAGAACUCUACAUUCCUCGCUUCUACUUCGCUUCCACCCACGCCUGUUGACUCCGCGUGCUCUUGCCUUGCAACUAGUGUUAGCUGUCAGUUCACCCCGACGCAAGAUCCCGACGCUGUCGUCGGUGAUCUCUUGAACCAAGCUUGCGGCUUGCUCGGAGAGCAAGGUGGAAGCUGCGAUGACAUCGCCGCGAAUGGAACGACGGGGUCUUAUGGAUCUGUCUCUCCUUGUGAUGCUUCCACGAAACUCGCCUACGUGUUUUCUCUAUACUACGAGAAGACCAACAAAGCCUCCACGUCCUGUGAUUUCAGUGGUAACGCAACCAUCAGCCGAUCCAACUCUCUCUCCGCGCCCAGCGCCGCAAGUUCAUGUCUCGCCAGUGCCUCUGGAACUUCCGUGCCCGUUCUCGCCUCCUCGGCUAGCGGAACCGCGACGGGCGCAGGGUCAGGUAGUAGCUCCACUGCAAGCUCGGGAAGUGGGAACAGUAGCGGCGCGGUGGCGACGGCGGACAUGGGUGCAGGUUUGAGAGGAUUAGUAGCGGUGAUUGGGAUGACGGUCAUGAGUGGCUGGUGGGUUCUUGCGUGAAAAUAUGUUGAAUGAACGAACAUCACGAGACGACAGGAUGUUUAGUAUCGUGGACUUUCUUGUGUUAUAUUCGUUGACCUAUGAGUACACUGUUCCCGUUUAGUUUUGACAUCUUGUAUAAUCGGUUUGUAGGCAGCUGUCAUGCCGUACCCGGACUCGGACGCUUUUGGACCCGACUUGUUACUAUAGGGGUAGCACUACAUUACACACUCUUUCUUGACUGUCGAUGUCAUUAUUAUCUUGAAGUAGCCCACAUUGGACGGUAAUUGACACCAUACCUAUUUCUAUUC